AAUCAUCAUAUUAGAGUUUGUCUUUGUAUUUGAAUGUUUACGGAAGUGUUAUUUAGGUCAAAAUUUAGUUCGAUUUUGAUUUCAAGUUGUCUAUCGUUAAUACAACUGCUGUAAUGGCCUUUCCAAAGACGGGUAGUAAUUUCAUGGAAAAUUACGUUGAGCAAAGAUUGACCACAAUUCACAACACUAGUGAACAAUCGGUGAAAAACUACAAACAAAAAGUGGUAACCUUCUUUGUUGGAUUUUUUAUCAUCAUCACUCUACCUUACAUACAUUUAGGCGUAUUACAUCGGCUUAUUUUCCCAGGAAAGCCUAAGAUAGAUAGAAGAUCUUGUAAAAAUUCUUGUUUUGAUACAGUUUUUAGAGGUAUUUACGAGAGUCCAGGAAACUCCGGUUAUAAACACGUAUAUUUUAAUGUUACAUGGCAAACUUAUCGAAUAUGGAUAUUUACUGUGUUAUUUAUUCUCAUGGCAUAUGAGAGUUUAAAGUACUUAGUUGGAAUCAUAUCUAACAAGUCUUUGCGAAAAUCUAUGUUUGUAUUGUUUCUUGCGAAUGUAUAUCCCCAUUAUUAUUCCUGGUGGUCAUAUUUCAGCUAUUACAAUGAGGAUUUUUAUGACUACUAUAGUCAUCAUAUGUUAUUUACAAUCACGGAAAUUGUUGCAACGUGUUUGGUUCUAAACUUAUGUGAUAACAAUAAUCCGAUUGUUUCCUGGAAGAUUUUGGCAAUUGUCAGUAUAAAUACGAUGCAUAUUUGCAUUGCUGGAAUGGACCAAUUCAUUGCACAUGUAAUACGAGGAAAAGGAACAGAUUUUCAAAAUGUCAGAAACAUAGCUUUAAUGGUUCCGGAUAUGCUUCAUGUUGUAUUACCAUUGCUGGUGUUGUUUAUCCACGCUAAACAGAAUAAUAAACUCUUACGAGAACUCUGUUUUAAAGAAGAGGUUUUUCUGUGUGUUGUAUUUAUUUGUAUAGGAACUUUGUUUGGGAAAAUUCUAUAGAUAUGUCUAUUCUCGCAACAAAUCUGUAUUGAAGGAUUAAGCAUUUUUAAAUGUUGAUGUAAACCAUCCUAUCAAUGAAUACCGUUUAGUAACUAAUGACUUAUUUGAUUUUGUUCUUUUGUUUUGUUUUUGUUCAAUACAUUUUUUUCUGUCAUCAGAAUGACAACUUAUUCGUCGAGCGCAAAAACCUGAAUAAAUAACGAAAAUAGAUGUAUUUAGGUUGUAAUUUGCAUAAACCUUUAACUGAGUUCAAUAGACACUGUUAAUCCGCUGUAAAAUAAAAACACGGACAGGAAUACAUUUAACAGAAUGAAUAUGGUGCUGCUCAAUUUGCAUCUUUUCCAAUUAAAUCUGUUCCAU